GGGCCUUCCAAACAUCCAGGAAACGCAGAAGUUGUUCUGCUGUUUCCUCAAACGAGCAAACGUCCGCGCAAGAGUCGUAACCUGGUGGGGACAAAGUGCUGAUGGCAGCAGAAGAUGACAAUAGAGAUUUAACAGAUACGACAGCCAUGGAGACUUCGUCAGUGUACAUGUGCUUCCCCUGCUACCAGGAGUUCGACACUCUGGAAGAGGUUCUCAAGCACCAGUUGACAUGUACCCCUGAAGAAGAUCAGGCAAACACAUCUGGAGCCACCUCCGUCACUAUUCCAGUGCUACAGGCUCAGCAAAAGCUAUUAAAUAUAUCAAGGACAGUUUCACUUCAACAGAUUCAAGUCCAAGAAGAACCCUCCUCUGUUCAAAUUGAUCAAAGUGAACUCAGGCAGACUGAAGCUGAUGCAACAGUAACAGCAGACCAGCCCAGGAUCCUUUACCAAUGUGGGGACUGUGAUGAGCUUUUCAAUAGCCUGGAAUUUUGGCAACAGCACCGUAAAGAAGGGACAUGUCAGCAGGCUGCCUCUGAGUUGAAACCUGAUUUUACACCUGAGGCAGAGACCUGCCUAGAUCAGAGCACCGCUUCAAAUUUAGAUCCAGAUGCUUCUUCUCUCGACCUAAAUCCACAAACACAGGAAGAGACCGAGCAGGUCACAGAGACCUGUGCAUCUGUUUUUGCAGAGAUAACUUCUCUCAGCUCUGAUCCUCCUCCUACUGAAGCAGCUUCUUCGACCGCUAAUGCAGAGGAUUGGUCUCCCAAGAGGAGAGGCGCAAACAAAAAGCCUAAACCUGAACCCGUUCUCCUGUGUGUUGACUGCGGCUCAUGCUUUGGCCUGGUGUCUGAACUAGUGGCCCACCGCAGGACCCAACACGGCUUUGAGGAAGCUCUCCACCGCUGCUCUGUGUGCGGGGAAAGCUUUCUCAACACUACACUUUUUCUUUACCACCGAAAGCAACACAAACAGAAAGGUGAGGAAGAGAUGAUGGUGAUUCCUGAAGCGAAACCAACAAUAGAAAUAUGUAUCCAGAACAAUGGGACGGAUGAGCAGGAGCAAGAUGCCACUCUACCCUCCACCAGCGUCUCCUCCCCUUUCCCUCAGCCUGAGUUGUUUCUGUGCACUGAGUGCGGGCAGAGCUUCAGCGAUGAGGGAGGACUGGCUGCCCAUCGACAGCAGAAGCACGACCUGAAGGGGCCACUACACAGUUGCACCCAUUGUGGCAUUACCUUCAUGAACACCACCAAGUACCUGUAUCACCGCAGAGAACAUGGCCUCACAUCAGGGACGGAGGUGGCGGAUGGAGCGGAAACUGGCGAUGAAACAGCCGCAACUGAUACUCAGGAUAAUCCAGAGACCUCAAAGCGGCUGCUUUCCCCGUCUGCCUCUGUUGGUGAUUCUGUUUCACCCAGUCCCAAGAGACGUAGGCCUAUUUACAGGACCAUGAGGGGUGGUUAUGCAGUCAAAGAAAACAAGGUUUCAGGCGUUAAAGAGGAGAUCUUGGACAACACUGCAGAAGACUCUGACAAAACCAACCAACCUCCACCUGCAAAGCUGCUGCAGGAUUGGUCCCGGACACCAUUACCCCAUGUUUGCCCUUACUGUGGCAAGACCUUCACCCGGCGUGUCUUCCUCCGCACACAUGUGUACAGCCACACUGGAGAAAAGCUCUUCACGUGCAAGUUGUGCUCGAAGGCCUUCACUAACUCCCAGAGCCUGCUGCGCCACAGCAUGAGCCACACGGGCCACAAGCCCUACAGCUGCGACCACUGUGGCAAAAACUUCUCCCAGGCAGCCACCCUGAAGAGACACCAGCGCAUCCACACAUCAACUCACCUUCGCCGCAGGCGUGGACGCAAACCGAUGUGUAUUGUGGACAACGAGGGAACUCCUCGUCUCUUCUCAUGUCCUAACUGCCCCUCACGGUUCAACACGGAGGAGCAGCUCAACGAUCACAAGCUGUUCCACACCAGCCACCCGUUCCCUUGCGCAGAAUGUGGACAGGCCUUCACACGCAGGAAAGAUCUUGAUCUGCACUCGCUCACUCAUCAAGACAAGCAGCCAGCGUCGUGUCCUCACUGCUUGUCCCAGUUUGUGAACCAGUCUGUUCUGGAGAUCCACCAGCAGCGCUGUCCGACCACAGAGGAGGAGAAGAAUGCUGGCCGCGGACGGGGUCAGGGCCGUGGACGCUGCACUGGACAGCUCGAGUGUGACCUAUGUGGUCACCGUUGCAUGACCCAAGAGGGCCUUGACCUCCAUCGGUUGUCCCACACGGGCCAGACACCGCUCAAAUGUCCAGUGAGGCCUUGCCGCCGCCGAUUUACCUCCAACUUUGCCCUGGAGGAGCAUGUGCUGGCGCAUUUCCAGGGAACACUCAGCAAGUCCAAAAACCGACCCCGCUUCCGCUGUCAGAUUUGCCAAAAAGAAUUUGCCUACAAUUCCACCUUCACUGUUCACAUGAGGACACACACGGAUGAAAGGCCGUUUGAGUGCACCACAUGUGGCAAGCGUUUCCGCCAGCUGCCCCAUCUGCGGGACCACGAGCGCAUCCACAGCGGCCUGCGGCCUUUCUGCUGCUGGCUGUGUGGCAAGACUUUCAGCGUGGCUGCACGUCUCACUGAGCAUGCCCGCACCCACAGUGGUGAGAAGCCCUAUUCCUGUCCCCAUUGCGUAGCUGCCUUCCGCUCGCGCUCAAACCUGGAUAAGCACAUGCGGCAACACGGAGACGUGCCUUUGGAAACCGUGGAGGAGGCAGCGCAAGCCGCUGAGGCUGCCCAGGUCCAGAAGGUGCUGGAGGGGGCCAAGGUUCUUUCUUCUCUGGCCGCCACAGGGGAGAUGGAUUCUGGUUCAGUGCAAACGAUCUACGUGCUGCAGGGGGGCGAAGGAGGAACCGAGACGGUCAUGAUCCCGGCUGAUCAGCUCGGCAUGGCAGGAACUUCCCAGGUUGUCAUCCUGCCAACUAUCACCAUGGAUGGAAAUGAAAUCACCAUGGUGGGGACGGGCCAGUCGCCACAGCAGACCAUCGAGUUCAUCGUGGAGGAGACUGUAUGAAGACAGAUGAGAGACUCUCAUGGACAGGAGAAGACAGAAUGAUGAUUAGUUGAGAAUAUAGAUUGUUGCUGGAGUGAAAAGUGUGGUAGUUGUAGGAUAUGCAUUCACCAUGUUGUGUUCAUAGUUUGAUAGAUUCUAAGCCAGUUUGAAAAAGUCCCAUCUUGUGAAGUCAAACCAAUUUACAGCUUUUCUUGAGUAUAGAAUUAAUUUAACAUCCUUGUUGAAACAGUGUUCUUACAAACCGGUUUGAAAAUAGGUUGUGAAAUUGCCUGCGUUGUAUAUAGAAGUGUAUUUACAGCCUCUAUUUAUUAGGGGAGACCAGUGGUGGCCUGUGAAUCGUCUUCUGCUUUCUUUAUAAUAAAAUGCCUCAGCUUUCA